AUGGAUUUCUCUUCCCAUCAUACUCGCCUACUCCAGCAGCUAGAUGAGCAACGGCGAAGGGAUCUUUUCUGUGAUUGUCACAUCCUGGUGGAGGGUAAGAUGUUUAAAGCUCAUCGUAAUGUCCUGUUUGCCAGCAGCGGUUAUUUCAAAAUGCUUCUAUCACAAAGCUGCAGAGAUGUUGGAGAGCCCACUACUGCCACUUUUGAUAUAUUUUCUGCUGACACAUUCACUGCCAUCAUUGACUAUGUAUACUCUGGCAAGCUGCCUCUCUCAGGACAAAAUGUCAUUGAAGUCAUGUCCGCAGCCAGCUAUCUGCAGAUGACAGAUGUGAUCAACGUAUGUAAGGAAUUCAUUAAAUCAUCUCUGGAUAUUAAUGAGAAGGACAAGGAUGGUUUCUUUGGGUUAUCAGACCGAGAGCCUUGGCGCCACCACAGUGACUACAGUCUUCCAAAAGUAGGAUGGGGAAUGAAUAAUUGCUCAUCCACUCGUUCAGAUGGUGAUAUUGCUGGAUCCUUAGAUGCAUCAAGUCCUUGGAAUCCAUAUGGAUUCUAUCCUAGGAGAAAUGACUUUUCCUCCACCCUAAAUGAUCGUUCAAUAUCGCAAAGGACAUCAGAAAGACCUAUUGAGCCUCCUCAAUUGCCCAGCUCUACUUGUUGUCCAGAAGAGAGAGCCAAAGGUUCCAAAAUUACAGAGACUGGUAGCACCACAAAGGUUGAAAUGCCCCAUGAUGAGUACCCACCUGCAAUGGAAUCUGAAGCUGUUAUGAACUGCUGGACAGCAACACAGCAGAAAGAUAUGACAAAAUCAUACCAAAACAGAGCUACUAAAGCAGACGAGCUGUAUGCCACCAUGCCAACCAUCAUGGGCAUUACAGGAAGCUGGGGAGAAGGUAAGAACAGGCAGAGAUUGAGUAAUUUAGAAGAGCCAGAAUUGUGUUGGUUAAAGAGGCUACGUUUGGCCCUCUGGCAUUGUAUUUUUCAUAUUCGUGCAAUAACUGUAUGAGUGAUGAUAAAGAAAAUAAAUAGUUUAGAAUAUUAAUUACAGGAACACUCCAAGCACCAUAACCACUACAUCCCUGGCGCCCUCUCAUUCUAAGUAGUCAAACUGUUUAAGUACUGUUUGACUUCUUACCUCGGCACCGCUCCCUGCUUCCAAUUCUAAUGAUGGAAUACUAAAAGCUCCUGAUCUAAGCCCUGCCGUGUAGGGCUAGGUCAUUGGCUGAAAGCAUCAGCUGCACUGCUGGGCUUACCUGAGACACAGAGCUUCUGACACUCUGUUUGAGUGGUGAAGGUGGGGAGUAGCACCCAGUGGACCCCAGGCAAGAAGUCAAACUGUUUGACUGAAACGGUUUGACUACUUACAAUGUGGGGUAGGGGCUCUAGGCAUUCAUUGCAACAUAACCACUGCAGCAUGCUGUAGUAAUAAUGGUGCUUGGAAUAUUUCAUUAAAAUACUUUGUUACAAAAAAAAAUUCUGAACUAGCUCCCCUAAUUCCUGAAAAGGUAUGCUAGAUAUAGCCUCAUACAUAAAACUAACUCAAAAUAUAUUUCUGAACCCCUCUAGGUUCUUUUUAUUGUGUCAUUCCUUUUACCAGAGGUGGGUGGGUUUGUGUUUGUGUGGGUGUCUUUUUGUUAAAAGGCCUCAACAUGUAAACAGUAAACAGUCAUUUACUGUUCUAAACAACUUGGUUUGUGAAAUCUAUUUCCUAGUUCAACAGAAAAAGUGUCUGUAGUUUUGCUAAAUACAUGUUUAUCACAGACAUUCUGUUUUAACUUCAUCUAUGUUUUAUCUGCAGAUGCUCUGCCAAGCAUGCGUUUUAAGUGUCCAUUCUGCACACAUAUGGUAAAGAGGAAAGCAGACCUAAAACGUCACUUGCGGUGCCACACAGGAGAACGGCCAUAUCCAUGCCAGGCAUGUGGCAAGAGAUUUACAAGGCUGGAGCAUGUUCGUAGUCAUUUUCGAACUGUGAGUUAUUUUGCAUUACAGUAAACUGGAGAAUAGAUGGUUGAGAGUUAGGAAAUAUGCGUUUAGUUAGGAAAGACUCUAUUUAAACAUUCCUAUUACCCUAUGUACUGCCCUCUCUGACAUCUGUCCCCCUUAAGUGUGGGGGCAAUUGACAAAAGCAAAGAAGGAUUAGGCUAAGAAUGAAGUGAAUUUUAGUCAUUUUUUACAUUUUGAACCAAUGGUUAACCUGACCAAAAAUAGUAUUUUCUUUAAAAACUUUUUUUUUUGGUUGGUAAGCCCGGAGUUUGGUUAACUCUUUAAUAAAAAUGUCCUUUAAAAGCUACUCCAUCACAAGAGCUCUUUCUACUACAAAGUAUUUGGGUCCACAUUUAACAAUUAGGUCAUGCAGACUGCCAUAAAACCGUUGGACUGCCCAAAACCCUGUUGGCAUGUUAUGUGUCCAUUUACAUUUACAAAUACAAUUUAAGUGAAAAUAUGAUGUUGUGGGGGCAAAUCUGUAAACUUUCUGACUCUAUUUUAUACUCCUCAUCCGUCAGAUCCACGAGGCAGGGAAGCCCAUAUGUCGGAGGUGUAAAAGACAUGUCACAGAAGAGACUGGCCAAGUGGUGCAGGAUGGGACAAGGCGCUUUCGACUGUGUCGAGAGUGUUUGGCUGAAGUUGGAGUGGACAGUUUUCCAAUUGAGGUAGAUGAUGAGGAUGAUCCCACCAUUGUACUAUCAGGAGAUGAAGACAAGGAACAAAUGUGGAAUUUCCAUGAUGGAGUACAGCAAUCCAAACCAAAACGAAUAGAGGAAACAUCUUCUGACUUAAUCAUACAUGAAGUGGAUGAUAGUGAUGAUGAUAUUAAACCGAUUCUCUGUUAACAAGAACAGAUACAUAGCAGCAGUACAAUUUGGUGCACAUAGUAAUUAUGCAGCACCUAGAUAAAUAUUCAUUUAUUUGUACAGACUGUUUACUUGAAACUAUACUUCCAGUCAAUACUUCAUCACAGAUAAUGAGCAAAUGGACCUGCAACAAAUUCUGCUUUAUUUUUGAUCUUCCGACAUGAAACUGAAAGGUGGCUUAGGUGCAGUUCUGAAAGCUGGAUUACAGGAAAGCAGAAUUUCUGGAUUACAGGAAAGCAGAAUUUCUAGAAAUUGCUUUUUAUUUACUAGAACUACAGGGUGGGCUUAAAUUCAGAGUACAGUUGAAGAGUCAAUAUAUUUUUUAUUAAUUAACUACUUUCAAUGAUAUUACGUACAAUGAAUGCUUAAUGUAUGGAGAUUUGUUUGACUAGGUACAAAGGCUCUACCACUUGAAUUUCUGCAUGGAUAUUCUCCUUGAUCUUGUUCAAGCUUGUUCACGUACACCCGCUCCAUCAGAUAUCCCCAUGGGAACUGUCGGUAGCAAAAAUAUCAAUUUCUCACAUUGAAGUGGUGGCGGUAAGCUACUUGUGCCAAAAUAAUGGACCUGCCUUUUUGAAACUAAAAUUCUACUAUUUUUACUAAUUUGUCUUUCAUGAAAUUACCGAUUAAUAAUCUCCAAAGACUCAGUUAUAUGUACCUGCAACAACAAAAAAUUAACUACUAACAAAUAAGUUAUUUACUUGUCAAAUCCUGCACUGAAUUUUGGCCCACCCCGUACAAAGUACUAUUUAUUUUCAGUUCUACAAAUGAAUGAAUUUGUAGACAAACUGCUACGUAAAACUUAGUUAGUAAGUAUAAAAUAAAUUAUAUUAAAUUGAGAAUAAAAUGUAAGCCAAAAGAGCUUGGUUAGAAAAAUUAUAUUUGAAGAAUUCUUACCACUUGGCAGGUUUACAAAUUUUACAAAUCAAUUUUCUGUUCACGAAAAAUCCCAAUCUACUGAAUAAUACCCUCAGUGUCUCUGUGUGGGUUUUUUGUUUAAUAUACUGGGUUUGUUAUAACAACAGUUUAUAAAACUUAAGCCCAUAGCCUACAAAACGUGCAAUAUAAAUAGACGUACAGUAACAAAAUAACCAUUCCACAACGACAUACACGUAAGGAAUAAUUGACGACAGGCCAUUGAAUUAUAAGAAAAAUAAUGCACACCCGAGGUGGUAAUGCGGUCACGACGCAGAGCGGCCGUUACACCUUGGGCGUGCAUUAUUUUUUCUAAUAAUUCAACGGCCUUGAGUCAAUUAUUCUGCUUAUACUACAGUUACCACACCUCGAAACAUUGUUCAGAUGAUGUAUUUCAAGACGUUUGUCAAGUUUUUGUCAUUAAAACGCUCUUGUAUGUAGGACUAAUUUCUUACGCAUCAAUUCCCAUGCCUUCGUUGCUAAUUCCAAAACGUCAUUUAAGAGUUAGUAAUGGAGAUUUGAGCCACUGAUAGCAGACUAAUGCAGUUAUUAGUGCAGUUACUAGAGAGACCGAGAGAGGUUGCAAUAAUGAGAUAGAAAAGCAUGUGCGUCAAUAUUUAAUUUAUUUAUUAAUGCAUUAGUUUUAAUUCAUUUGUUAAUUUUAUUUUUCAAUUUAUUGACAGUAGGCUGUAACGGAAACUCGUGCAGCAGGACUUUUUAUUUAUGUAAUCUAUUUUCCGUUAUUAGAGUUGACUACGCGAAGUGAUAUGGAACUGUAAUGCGGUCAAGACUUGUCUGGAACUACUUUAGCCGUGCAUCUCCCUGAAAAUAAUGCACACCUUAGAACGUUUGUCAACCAAUCAGAUUGAAGCAUUCAACGGCCAUGUAGUAUAAAGAGAAACAUAAGAUUUCAAAAUGGCAGUGGCUUCCCAAUCUGCCAUGAUAACAUUGAAAACCUGGUCUUCAUAGCUGUCCUUGUUUUUGCAGAUAAAAAGUGUCUAAAAAGAAUUUGUUAUUUAAAAUAAUAUUUAUAACGUCCGUGAUAGUCAGUUUAAUGUUCAGGGAUGGUUUCUUCAGCUUUCAGUAUAAUUUAAAGCUUCAAAGCCUUUUUGGUGGGGAAUAAUAGCGUACAAGGACUGAACGUCACAAGUAAUUAAAAUAUAAUUAGGGUUCCACCGCAUUCCAACCAGUGCGUAAAGUAGGGACGUAGUCUUUCAGAUAAGAUCACAUAUUUUCAACCCAAGGCUGAAGUAAAAUGUCCAGAUACUAGGAUAGGAUUGUUUGCUUUUUUUAAAUCUUUUUUUGGAUAUUUUCUUUUCACCUUUACCACUGGUCACCAUUGGAUGUUAUCCAAAAGAAAUAUUUUAUCUACAAUUGGAGAUUUAUCACUGCACCUUAUUCUAACUGGAGCUAGUUUAAGCUCCAGCAAAUUUGAGUGGGCAUGUAUACAUUUUAUGUGGUCUGUGUUCCACCUUUUAUAUCAGUCUGCAACAAUUGUUUGUUUUUCUGUUUUUUGUAUGUACUCUUGGAUUUAACUACAAGCCCCAUCUGAAGCGAGAUUAUUUGAUAGAGAAAAUUGUGGACUACAUCAUGUUGAACCUUUCUGCAUGAUUUCCUAUUAUGUUUAUUAUUUGUCUGUUAUUUGGCGCAACCUGCUUUACCUCUGUUUGGUUUGUAUGUAGCCAACAUGUGUGCCGCGAGUAUUCUUUUUCCUUACAGUGUUUGCUGUCUCAGGUUAUCCAUUGCCAACACGUUAGAUUAGAUUAGAGUUUUGUUUUUUUUAAAUUCAUUUUUUUUUUUUUAAGAAAACACGUCAUAAUGAUUGGAAAGCUGACAGUAAAACGAGGACUCACAGAAAUUCUUGUUAUGUCUAUAAAGUACUGCUUAUGUCAUAUGAUCAGCAGUGCUAUAGUUAAAGUGACACUCUAAGAGCUAAACAACUUAAGCUUAAUGAAGCUAGCUAUUUAGGCAUGACACCUGCAUCCCUAGCCCCACCUUUCCUAACUCACAAAGCCAUCAUGGGAAAGAAAACAGUUCUAGAAGUUCUUAUCUCCAGCUCUUUAAAAUUUCAAGUUUGUUUUAAGGAGAUUUGAGCCAAAAGACAGGGCAGGUCUGGUUAGGGCUGCAGAAACAAGGUCAUCUAACGUCUGAAUGGCAAAGGGUUGUGCAGAUAGAAUGCAGGGGCAGGAUCUGUACACCGAAAUUAAACUAAAGUUGUUUUGCUACUUAGCGAUUUUCUUUAUUUAAACUGAAUGGACCAAAAUGCAGCUUAUAGUGUCUCUUUAAGCAGAAUGAAAAAAAAUCAGUAUCUUGUUAAAGGAGCACUCUGAACACUAAAGCCACUAUAAGUCAAUGUAGUGGUUAUAGUGUUGAAUUAAGAGCUUUGUACCUAUCCCAUGAACCCAUUUUUAAGGUUUUAUGUAGACGAUAAUGUAGAUUCAGCACUAACACUAUUUAUUAGUAUUAUUCAUGAACAGAUCGCUAAUUAAGUAGCUCGAUAAAUUGCUUGUUGAGAAACUAACUUCUGUAAGCACUUGUACAUCAUGAGAGGAGGUGGGGCAGCUCAGAGCUGCAAGUACUUUUUUAUUUAAUCUCUGUAACUAUAUUCAAGUAGAACAAACAAACAAGGAAGCUUGGUGUAUAACCAGCAUGUCAAACUCACGGGCCGAAUGCGGCCCACCAUGGACAUCUUUGCGGCGCAGCGAGCACAUGCUUAGUGUUAAAGCAGAGUAGGCAUCUGCUUUCUCCACAUUGCAGGUGCCUACUGUGCUAAAAUGUACCCGGCCGGAAGGAGAGGUCGCUGGAAAAGCUCUGUCUUUUUGCUCAUAAUUGCUCCCUCACGUGCGUCGUCUGUAGUAAUGCCGGAAUAUGACGUCAUAUUCCAGCACCACUAAACUGCGUGCGUGAGGGAGCAGCAGGAAGGAAAUCUCCAGACAGAUCACCCACUAGACCCCAGGGAUAAAUACAAUGAUGUGUGUGUCAGUGAAUAUGUGUGUGUCUGUCCAUCAGUGUAUGUGUGUGUCGGUCAGUGUUGCGAUGGCCGCAGCUGGACAGUGGAGGACAUGGAGGUGCACGGAGGCACGCAAUGCCACGUCACAUUCCAACGUGACGUCAACAUGCUCCACCUUCACAGGGUUUGAAGAAGUAGCGGGAGGAUCCGAUUUAGCACAAGGUGCGAAAGGUACCAUUUGGGGUAUACCAGAGGCCGGACUCCGGAGUCGCAUACUGGCAGCGGCAUUGUGAGUGGCGUCAGCUUGUUGGCCAGAGGGGGGUGCUGGGAUUUAGUAGAAGGGGGGACUGGGAUUUCAAAAUAAACCUACAUUUCUAUGAAAAUUUAAGUUGUUUUUGUUGCGGCCCACAUAAAUGUAAACCUUGUUUAUUUGGCCCGUGCUAGACUUUGAGUUUGAUAUGCUUGGUGUACAAGAUGCUCAUUGAACUUUUGGGUGUCACAUAACAUAAAAAUGACUGUAUAAUCUUCUAAAAAGAGUUUGAAAUAUUUUCAAAUAUAUUUUAUAAGACGGAAACACCAAUGUAUAUACUUUCUUCAGACAGAACCAUUUCCCUUGCACAAUAUAAUUCUUUAUAUAAAUACCAAUGUUAUAUUAUUUUCACACAUAUUAAUUAGCUCUGCAAAAUGUGUUGGGUUGAUAUAAAUAAAUAAUGCAUGCCUGGUAGGACACUUGCUUUACAUGCAAGUCCAUGCAAUAUGUGUAAUCUAUUUAUUGUAAAGAUUCAACCGGAUAUAUUGGUACCUUGGCUGUUGGCCUUUAAAACUAAUGAGUGGCUAAUAAGACCAAGCAUCAUGGUUACUGCUGGGCUAAUGAUAUUCCCUACACCCAGCUCCAUACCAGCAGAACCCCAGAAAAUCUUAUUCAGCCAAAAAUAGCAUUUAGGCUUAGUUAAAGGUCCAAUGCCGUUAAGAUCACCCAGAGUGGUAUUACCAGUGUCUAUAUUAACCGGAAGUUAAAUAUAUGCAAUAAAUGAUUAUAUAUAAAUUAGAGGCAUAUCGAUUUUGACCUUACAAGACUGGCAAAGCAUGAUAUGCAUGUAACAAUGUAUCAUAUGUUAUAUUUAUACAUUUACAUCUGGCUGUCCACUGUUGACUUGCUUGACUCUGAAGGACAGUGCACCACUCACUAAGUCUCUUGAGACUUGGAUAUUUCAUUCCAUGUGUUUAUAGAAAUGCCAGAUUUAUACUAUUUAUUUACAUAUAGCGGUGUCCAUGUAUGUCAAUGUGUAUGAGCCAAUUACAAAGCAAAACUCAACAGUUUACAAGCAGCACAAACAGUAAGUACAGUGUUGGCUGCAGGGAGACUCUCCAGCUGAGCUAGAACUACUACUCCUAUAAUCCAUGUCCAGUGUAAAUGCCCGAGAGGGAUGAUGGGAGUUGUGGUUGUAUAACAGGUGAUGGUCUAUCUCUGCCUAGCUUUACCAUAGUGAUCCCCUGUGUCUGUCACUGGGUACACCCGGUGAGGGUGCAGCGCCCUGUUCGGGUGAGAGCACACAUGCCUCCACCACUCCUCCGGGUGUCUCUCUCCCCCACCCCUUCCAACCUCACCCCCACCCCAGGCGCGGCCCCUUUAAGACAGUCUCAGCCCUCGGGCGUCAUCACGUGACCGACCCUUUGUCCGGACAUUCGGGCGGCGGAAGCAGCGGCGGAGAAAAAGUGGGUGAGAAGACACAGAGUGUCGGGUGUCCGCCCGGAGCUCCCGGUAAGUGACCCGAGCCCGUGUGGGAGGCGGUUAUCGGUAAUGUGUCCGGCGGAGUGCGAGUGACCCGAAUGCGGGCGGGCCGGGUGUGACGGGCACGGGCCGCUAAUGAUGAAUACAUGGUGCCGGUCAGUGACCCCCAGGGAAAGGUAAGUCCCCCGGGUGUGUCCAGGUGACCCUCCGGCCCCCCGGCGGGCAGUGUGUGAGCUGGAGCACGAGUCCCGUCAUUUACCGGGAGUGGCCUAGAGUGUGAGGCGGCCAGCUGCGGGGAAAGGUGGGGAGGAGCUCCCGGGGCAUCCGGUGCAGGUAUUCGGUAUGAUAGACAGCCGUGAGAACCAAUCGGCUGCCGACCAAAUCACAGGCCCCGCCCCCUCUGACCGCACUCCAACGGAACCAAUGGUCGGCCACAGAGUUGGCCCAGCCUGUACCGGGGAAGGGCUCAGCCAAUGGGAAGAAGCGUUCAUAAGUUGUUACCGCCCCCUCUAGUGAUUGAUGUUUAUUUCAGCCAAUGACCGUACGGCUAUGGGACCCAGCACACACCUGGGAAAUUAUAGGAUAACAUUCACAGUUAUUUUUACUUUUUAUUUAACCAUUAAACCAGCCCCUCAGGGAAUCCAUACAUUCAUCAUGCUUCCCUGGACAAACAUUUGUUCAUGCUGCCCUGCAAUAUAUACCACAGGUGCUGGAGCACUCCCCAAACCCCACAUUGAUUAAUGCAGUGUUUCCCAAACCAGUCCUCACCCCCCACCAGUGCAGGUUAUAGCGGCAUCUCCAUUGGGAUAAACCAUGAAAUGCCUGAAUCCUGGGUUAGUGGAGGGCAGUGAGCGCUGCGUUGGUAAUGUCGCGAUGGAUGGCUUGAUUUGGUUUGUUACCUGGAAGGUGGGUUCUGUGGAAGGUAGAUUUACUUACCGGAAGCUGCCCCUUGUGGCCACCAAAUCUGAAUAGAUGUCUCCUUCAGCUCCUGGCACUUCAUUAGCCAGGCAUCAAUGCUGAACUUUCACUCAGAUGCGAAAGUACAACUGUAAGGUCGAUGGGGGAUCCAGCGAGACCGUGGUAACCUCCAUUACUCUUAUCGCCAUUUAUACAGCGCCAACAGAUUCUGUAGCGCUUUACAAUAUUAUGAGAGGGGGAUUUAAUUAUAAAUAGAACAGUUACAGGGACGAUAGGUUGAAGAGGGCCCUGCUCAAACAAGCUUACAGUCUAUAGCAGGGGUAGGCAACCCACGGCAUAUCUGCUAAUACGAAGAGGUGGUGAAGGACAAUCCUCAAUUUAUGCAUUGCAGCACGUAGAGGAAGUGAUCUCAGAGCACUUCAUUCCAGCACUUGUGAAUUGGAAUCCACACUGUAGUAGAGCAGCUCGCAGCUGCUGUUACUGCUCCUGUACCUGGCCAGCCUGGAACCCAGGGAAGCCACCCACACUGCUAGAUAUACACAGAAAUGCACAAUAACUCUCCCCUCAUACAAAUAAUACAAACAGCCCGCACACAAACAUACAUGCAAUCUGUAGCGGAGAGGUAGUAUAAUCCACAGUGUCUCCGCUGGGUAACAGGAACAGCAUAAAAUCCUUCAAGCAAAAUAAGUACAGCAUGCAAUAAUCCCGCUAGCGUUGUAUAAAUCCUUCCUUCCCAAGAACUAGACGACACAUAGGCUGGGAGUCAACUGAGCUUUUAAUCACAGGUCACAGUAUUUAUGGGAUUCCCCAUGCAAGGGGUUUCCAUACUGACAUUACAGGGGUUGUACAGUAGGGGACUACAUGGGGAACUUAACAACCCGGACAUUUCUCCCAUCAUGCACUGCUGCACAAGUGGGAUACUCCCACUAGAAUAUCCAGUUAAGUGGAUUAUCCCUCCGUGCAGCAGAACUGACAUUUCACACAAAAAUACAUAACUUUCACAUUAUUCGUGUUAUUUUACCGAAUGACCAUUCGGUAGAUCGCUGGGGUCUGAGCACACCUUUCGUGAAAGUACCGCUCAGAUGCCAGCAUAAAUAACCGAACGCCGCACGAAAACACAUAUUAUUUUACAUGCAUCUUAAAGUACCGAAUGCAUCUAAGGGAACAAACUACAGAAUGACUGGUACUCCCGAACGGACUGGAAGUCCAGCGGUAUUCGUGCCGUUGAGUAGCCGAUUUUAGUUCCAGACGCUCGACGACCAAAUACCGCUAGGCUAACAAAGGAUCCAAGAUGGACGACCGCCGCGUGGUCGGUAGCCGAACAGCGGCCACCCUGAAUCUCAAUAAUUACCGAAGGAUACAUUGUUGCAAUACUUAAUGGGAGCCGCACGACCUCCUGUGUGUGUGGUCUCCUAUUCGGUAGUUUGUUCGUUUCACGAACAGUGUUGAAAUUCACUGUUCGUGAAACUACUGUAUGAAUGCUGGUGGCUUUCCUGCCGCCAGCAUACGAAUGCUCUCGUUCGCAUAAAAUGAAGAAAUAGGUACACGCUUGGUUCUAACAUUCUUAGUCACAGCAACACAUUAAUACACAUACAGUCUUAAGUGGCUAGUUUUGCCACACAAUCCGCACAAACGUAACCUGCUAACAAUCCACAUACAUGCACACAACCCCACAUGCAAUAACCCAAACAGCCCCACACAUACACACACUACCAAACACACAAUGUGACAUAUCCAUCCACACACACACACACACAAUUCCACAAGCAGCCCACAUUCAUAUGUAUCAUACACGAUACCACAAACUACUCCUGAACAUAUACAAUAUAAUAGCUCAUAUACAAACAAAUACAAUGAUACAAAGCGAUUACAGUAUAAAUAACACAAGCAGAAUAAGGCAACAUACACACCUCAAUUUAAAAAAAUAGGACUGGCACGCUACGGGACAUCACAAUCCUAUAUCGGCACAGUGCUGCUAAAAGGUUGCCUACCCCUGGUCUAUAGGAUUGAUAGAUUGUCUUACACUGAGUGAGACCAUGCCUAAAUCCCACAGCCAUCACCUGUGAUAAGUACAGGGAUUGGACAAAAGUUCAUGGCAAAACUCAAACUUUUGUCAAGCUCAGGAUUAUCCAUAAAACAAAGUAGUCCAUACUUUGCCUUAUGGUGUCAGCAUCAGUAUUAUACAAAUAUCAUCUUUAUGAAAUACUGAAAAGUGACAUAACUGCUUCAAUUGAAUUCAUAUACCAAGCUUGAAAGGACACGUAAACAAUAAAAUGAAAACAAAACCAAAAACAAAUGCGGCUUGUGUUAUGUUUAACCCCUUAAUUAAGGACCGGCCUGUUUUUGCGAUGUUGUACGUUAAGGACCAGAGCAGUUUUGACACUUUUGUGGUGUUUGUGUUUAGCUGUAAUUUUCCUCUCUCUCAUUUACAGUUCCCAUACAAGUUAUAUAUUGUUUUUUUCAGGACAAGAAGGGCUUUCUUUACAUACCAUUAUUUGUAUCAUGUCAUAUAUUUUAUUUAAAAAAAAUAAUAAAAUAUGGUGAAAAAUUGAAAAAAAAACAUGUUUUUGGACUUUUACUUGAAAAAUCUUUUACUUAUCUACAAAAGCUAAUGAAAAAAACUGCUAAAUAGAUUCAAAAUUUUGUCCCGAGUUUAAAAACACCCAGUGUUUACAUGCUUUAUUGCUUUUUUUUUGCAAGUUAUAGGCCUAUAAAUACAAGUAGGAAAUUGCUGUUUCAAUAUAUAUAUAUUUUAAAUUUAUCAAUAGUGACAUUGUAACACAGUUAUCUGUCAUAAAUCCCCGAAUCACACCUCACAUGUACAUUAUUUUUUUAAAGUAGACAACCCAGGGUAUUCAAAAUGGGGUAUGUCCAGUCUUUUUUAGUAGCCACCUAGUCACAAACACUGGCCAAAGUUAGCAUUUAUAUUUGUUUGUGUGUUAAAAAUGCAAAAAAACGCUAACUUUGGCCAGUGUUUGUGACUAAGUGGCUACUAAAAAAGGCUGAACAUACCCCAUUUGCAAUACCUUGGGUUGUCUUCUUUUGCAAAUGGUAUGCCAUCAUGGGGGUAAUUCUCAUUCCUGGGCUACCAUACGCUCUCAAAGGCAACCUAACCAAUCUGACAAAUUUCAAUAAAAAAAAGUAAAAUCAAGCCUUAUAUUUGACCCUGUAACUUUCACAAAAACUAUAAAACCUCUACAUGUGGGGUACUGUUAUACUCAGGAGACUUCGCUGAACACAAAUAUUAGUGUAUCAGAACAGUAAAAUGUAUCACAGCAAUAAUAUCAUCAGUGAAAGUGCCGUUUGUGUGUGAAAAAUGCAAAAAAUGUCACUUUCACUGACAAUAUCAUCGCUGUGAUAUGUUUUACUGUUUUGAAACACUAAUAUUUGUGUUCAGCGAAGUCUCCCGAGUAAAACAGUUCCCCCCAUGUACAGGUUUUAGGGUGUCAUAGAAAGUUACAGGGUUAAACACAGUGCUAGCAAAUUAAAUUCUCUGGACUUUCGGUCUGGGUUGGCAGGCAGGUCCCUCAAAUUGCAAUCAUUAAAAUUACUUAAUUAGGUAAAAAUAUUACAUAAAUACGCACGUAGAAUUUUAAUAUAUAUACAUAUUUAUAUAUUUGACGUCUACGUGUAUAGUUAUGAAAUUAUUUAUGUAAUUAUGUAUAUGGACAUAUGUAUAUUUCGUAUUAUUUUUAUUUAUACAUAGAUAGAUAUAUAUAGCAUUACAUUCUAAGUGCAUUUUGAUAUAUAUAUUUAUAUCAAAAUACUAUUAGAAUAAAAUUACAUAUAUAUAUAUAUAUAAAAAAAAUUUAUUAAAAAUUAUUUUUGCUUUUUAUUUAUUAUUAACAUAUUUCUAAUUUAUAAUAUAUAUACAAUAUAUAUAGUUAUUAUAUAUAUAUAUAUAUAUAGUGUGUGUGUGUGUAUAUAUACGUGUGUAAUUUAAAUUAAGUGUAUUUUUAUAUUAAUAUACGUAUAUAUAAAUAUAAAAAUACACUUAGUAUGACAUUAUAUUUUUGAUGUGUGUGUGUGUGUGUGUAUAUAUAUAUAUAUAUAUAUUAUUUAUUUUUUUUACACUUUUUUUCAGAUUUUAUACUUGCAGGGAGACUGCCUGUCAGCACAGACAGUCCCCCUGGAGGCAGAUACACAGGCACCUAUUGCAGCCACGUGAUCGAGUGAUCACGUGGCCGCGGGGUCCUGAUCUGCCGAGGGGAGACUGCCCGGGCAGACAGGCAGUCCCCCUGGACCGGGAGGAGCGCUCAUCGCCGCCGUGGGACUGACGGCGAUCAGGUAAGUAGCCACAGACCGUUAUGACGGUUCAGGACCGUCAUUGGUCCCCAAGCGGAUUUUUCCGAUGACGAUCCUGAACCGUCAUCGGUCGUCAAGGGGUUAACCUCUUCCCAACCUCGGACGUGCAGGAUACGUCCGACAAAAAACGUCAGUUAAUGACCGCGGACGUACCCUGCAUAUCCGUGGCUAAAAUGAUCCAGGGACUCACCUGUACUUGCGAUCCAGGUUUUACUGCCCAAAAUCCCAGCAGUCCCCCUGCUGCAGCUCUGUCCUCUCCGGCCCUCCAGGGCCAUGUGAUCACCAUGAUCACAUGGCCGCAAUGAAAGUCUAUGGAGCUGCCAGCAGGGGGACUGUCUGAGCAAUCAGGCAGUCCCCCAGGUCCCUAAAAUGUAAAAAUAAAUAUAUUAUAUAUGUGUAUUAUAAAAUAUUUAAAUAAUUUUAUAUUAUACAUAGAUAAUGCAUAUAUAUGAUUGCAUUAUAAGUGUACUUUGAGAUAUAUACACACACACACACAUUCUACAUUCUAUAUGUAGAGUAAUGUCUCACGAGUACAACAGUACCCCUCAAGUAUAGCUUUUAUGGUGAUUUGGAAAGUUACAGGGUCAAACAUAAGAUUUGCCAAUUUCUAAUUUUGUAAAUUGCUAUUUGCCAGAUUGGCUAUGUUGCCUUUGAGACGGUAUGGCACCCUAGAAAUGAAAAUUAACCCUACCAUGACAUACCAUUUGAAAAAGUAGACAACCUAGGGUAUUCAAAAUGGGGUAUGUCCAGUCUUUUGUAGUAGCCACUGUAGUAGUCACAAACACUGGCCAAAGUUAGCAUUUAUAUUUCUGUGUGAAAAAUGCAAAAAAAAGAAUAUGAAUGCUAAUUCUGGACAGUUUUUGUGAUUUAAGUGGCUACUAGAAAAAAACUGGACAUACCCUAUUUGCAAUACCUUGGGUUGUCUACUUUUGCAAAAGGUAUGCCAUCAUGGGGGUAAGUCUCAAAGGCUACAUACCCAUAUGGCAAAUUUUAAUGAAAAACAUGAAAUAGGCAUGCCUUAUUUUUGACCCUGUAACUUUCCAAAACACCAUAAAACCUGUACAUAAGGGGGUAUUGUUAUACUUGGGACACUUCGCUGAAUACAAAUAUGAGUUAUUCAAAACAGUAAACCUAGCACGACGAUGAUAUCACCAGUAAAAGUGCAGUUUUUGUUUUAAAAAAUGCAAAAAAACUGUAAAAACGCUAACUUUGGCCAGUGUUCGUGACUAAGUGGCUACUACAAAAGACUGGAUAUACCCCAUUUGCAAUACUUUGGGUUGUCUUCUUUUGCAAAUGGUAUGCCAUCAUGGGGGUAAUUUUCAUUCCUGGGCUACCAAAUGCUCUCAAAGGCAACGAAACCAACCUGGCCUUUUUCAAUGUAAAAAUAUUUGACCCAUAUAUUUGACACUGUAACUUUCAAAAAUGCUAUAAAACCUGUACAUGGGGGGGUACUGUUAUCCUCGGGAGACUUAACUUAAUUUUGCAAUACCUUGGGUUGUCUAUAUUUGCAAAUUUUUUGCCAUGAUGGGGGUAAUUCUUAUUCCUGGGCCACCAUGUGGUCUCAAAGGCAACAUAACCAAUUUGGCAAAUUUUAAUUAAAAAAAUAAAAUGGGCAAACAUUAUAUUUGACCCUGUAACUUUCAAAAACACUAUAAAACCAGUACUCAGGAGACUUCGCUGAACACAAAUAUCAGUGUUUCAAAAGAGUAAAACAUAUCACAACAAUGAUAUCGUCAGUGAAAGUGCCGUUUUUGUAUGAGAAAUGCAAAAAACUUAACUUUCACAGACAAUAUCAUCACUGUGACAUGUUUUAUGGUUUUGAAUCACUAAUAUUUCUGUUCAGCGAAGUCUCCCGAGUAAAACAGUACCCCCCAUGUACAGAUUUUAGGUUGUAUUGGAAAGAGACAGGGUCAAUAUAGGGCUUGCCCAAUUCAGUUUGCCAGAUUGGUUUGCUGGGUCUAUGUUGCCUUUUGAGACCAUAUGGUAGCUCAGGAAUGUGAGUGAACGCCAUCAUGGCAUACCAUUUGCAAAUGUAGACAACCCAGUGUAUUCAAAAUAGGGUAUGUUCAGUCUUUUGUAGUAGCCACUUGAUGGCUUGAUUUGGUUUGUUAUCUGGAAAACUCCUAGUUGUGGGGUUCCGUUGAAGGUAGAUUUACAUACCUGAAGCUGUCCAUGUGGCCGUUCACAAACGCUGGCCAAAGUUAGCGUUUUUAUAAGUUUUUUGCAUUUUUUUUAAAAACAAAAACUGCACUUUCACUGACUAUCAUUGUUGUGAUACGUUUUACUGUUUUGUAAUAUGCAUAUUUGUAUUCAGCAAAGUCUCCCGAGUACAACAGUACCCCCCAGGUACUGGUUUUAUAGUGUUUUUGAAAGUUACAGGGUCAACUAUUUUUUUUUCAUUGCAAUUUGCCAAAUUGGUUAUGUUGCCUUUUUAGAUCUUAUGGUAGCCCAGGAAUAAGAAUUACCCCCAUGAUGGCAUACCAUUCACAAAAAAACGAAAUUGGCAAAUCUUGUUUGACCCUGUAACUUUCCAAAUCACCAUAAAACCUAUACUUGAGGGGUACUGUUGUACUCGUGAGACAUUACUCUACACAAAUAUGAGUGUUUUAGAGCAGUAAAAUGUAUUAUACUGAUACUAUAAUCGGUGAAAUGGCAGUUUAUGUGUAAAGAAUGCAAAAAACAAAUAUACAUGCUAAUUUUGGCCAGGGUUUGUGGCUACUAAAAUAGAGUGGACCUACCGCAUUUUGAAUACCAUGGGUGGUCUACUUUAAAAAUAUAUGGUUUGAUGGGGAUAAAUUACAUUGGCCAGCUUAAAAAAUGUCUCAAAUAGGUCAUGGGUGCAUGAUGACCAGCUGUGAAAAUUCCAAGUUGGAAAACUAGAAUGCGCACCCUCCAAAUAAGGUCUUUUAGCCCCCAGAUAACCUGACACACCUAAACAUGGGUGGUAUCCCUGUACUCAGGAGCUGUUGCUGAACACAUAUUGGGGUGUUCUUUGGCAGUAACCCUUAAAGUCCUCAGUACAUCUAUUCUUAAAUUGCUAUGUGUGUCAAAAAAAACACCAAUUUUAAUUUUAAUUUUUUUAUUUGGCAUAGAUUAGUGGUAAAAUGGUUGCAUGAAAUGAGCAUGAGAAGAGUCAAAAUACCCCAAGUUUAAUACCUUAGGUUGUCUUACCGGUGAAGGGUUAUUCAGGGAUUCCUGACAGAUAGGUGUUACAAUGUAACUUGCGUUAAUUUUGAAAACAAAAUGGUUUGGAAAUCGCAAAGUACUACUUGUACUUAUUGCCCUAUAAUUUGCAAAAAAAAGCUAAGAACAUGUUAACAUUGGGUAUUUCUAAACUCAGGACAAAAUUUAGAAACUAUGUAGCAUGGGCGUUUUUUGACGGUUGUAGAUGUGUAACAGAUUUUGGGGGUCAAAGUUAGAAAAAGUGUUUGUUUUUUGUUUUUUGUUUUUACAUUUCUCGUCAUAUUUUAUAGUUUUCUUUAUAGUAAAUUGUAUGACGUGAAAAUAAUGGUAUCUUUUGAAAGACCAUUUCAUGGUGAGAAAAACAGUAUAUAAUAUGCGUGGGUACAGUAAAUGAGUAGGAGGGAAAUUACAGCUAAACACAAACACCCCAGAAAUGUAAAAACAGCCCUGGUCCCAAACGGUAAGAAAAUUGAAAAGCGGUCUGGUCACUAAUGGGUUAAAAUUAAAGGGCACUAUCUAUAACUUUUAUUAAGCUCUUGAGUUUUUAAAAAGCUGAAUGAAGAAACAAAUAGGACUCCAUAGCUAAAACUCACAGGCAGAUCAAUUCGCUUGGGUGUAGAAUAAAGAGUGCCACCCUACAACGCUGAUUUUGGCAGGACACUUUUGUCCCGCAGCGUUGUCUUUAUUCAUUUUUGUGUCCCAUCUCUAUGCAACAUAACUUAACUCUAUGCAGAACAAAAAUGGCAAAUAUUCUAGGGAGUAAUUGUAUUUAAUUUCAAGUGGUUUUAUCCCUUUAUCCUUUGUCUGCCAUAGAAGUGUCCUGCCAAAAUCAGCGUUGUAGGGUGGCACUCUUUAUUCUACUCCCAAGCUACAAAAGUAUCAGAGUGGAAGAAUUUUUUUUUUUGAGUUUGGCAAUUUUGUCCUAAAAUAUUUAAUGUCAACAAAGUUCAGUAAAUAAUAAAAGGAAAACCAUGCUACAGUUGGUAGCAAAGCAACUUUGAAAGGACUCUGUGUGUGCUUAAAAUGUACUAAUAGCCAUGGAUAUGACGGAAAACAGGCAUGUUUAAUGCCCCAGGGCUAGACAAAUCCCAGGCGCCAGGUUGCCAUGGCGACUAUAAAUUUUGUCCUGACGCCUGGGAUUCGUCAGCCUGCUCAGCGCAGGAAUCAAAGGUGAAUGCAGGUGGCCGGCUGAUGGAGAGUAGAGAGGGCCGGCCGGUUGUGCAGAAUGGCGGUGGCAAGGGAGCUGUAGUCCUCCUGCUCUGCUUCCUCACACGCAUUGCAGUGAUGCCGAGAGACUGAAUAUGAUGUCACUCAUGCCCCGGCAUCACUAAACUGAACGAGAGGGAGCAGAGUAGGAAGAUGACAGCAGCCCCACUGAACCCCAUGCAAAGGUGAUCCACUACAGCUCUCCCAAAGGUAGGGAGGCUUGGUGGAUUUUAUUUAAAAUAAUUUUUAAAAAUUAUCAAGCUUGAGGAUUUCAGGAAAGGCAAUGCUUUUCCAUAGUACCUGUGCAUAGAAAUAUGCAUAGAAUUGACAUUCUUGCAUUCACAAGAUAUUAAUAGGUGACAUAUCACCAAAUGACUGUCUCCAAUAUUCUUAUUUUCUCCAGUUAGUUCAUGUAAAAUAAAAACAACAUUGUGCAUAUCUUUAAAAUACCAAUAUUUAAUUAAGAAUUUCACUUACAAAAUAUCACAUCCAUCCAUAUUUUCACUAUGUGAGUGGAACAUCAGAAUCCAGGCUCCUGCAGUAUACAGCCCAAAGACAUAGAACACAUAGACGCCGCACGUCUAUGGCAUUGUGUGCUGAGCGGCGAGGAAUGGGGGCGCCAUCUUGGACCGGUCGCCGCUCUACUGAAGCUAUUGAAGAACCCUUAGAAAGUCCAUCUCACAAAAGGUAAGUGAAGGACUUGGGGCACUUAUAGUCCUUAAUACCCCUACCCCUUAAUACCCUUUGUCCUAGUUCUUAAUACCCCUACCCCUUAAUACCCCUACCCCAUGUCAUUAAUACCCCUACCCCUACAGUGUUAAUACCCCUACCCCAGCACACACAGUGUUAAUACACAUCGUGUGCUGGGGUAGGGGUAUUAACACUGUGUGUGCUGGGAUAGGCUGCGGUAGGGGUAUUAACACUUUAGGGGUAUUAAGGGGUAGGAUUAGGGGUAGAGGUAUUAACACUGUGUGUGCUGGUGUAGGGGUAUUAAUGACAUGGGGUAGAGGUAUUAAGGGGUAGGGGUAUUAAGUGCCCCAAGUCCUUCACUUACCUUUUGUGAGAUGGACUUUCUAAGGGUUCUUCAAUAGCUUCAGUAGAGUGGCGACUGGUCCAAGAUGGCGGCCGCAUUCCUCGCCGCUUAGCACACAAUGCGGCGUCUAGGUGUUCUAUGUCUAUGCUACAGCCAAACAAUAGAUGGAGUUGGUAGCCAAUAGAAGUCCUCUUAGUGGGAUAUGUUAAAACAAGCUUUAAAAAUAAAUCAAAAACAAAAUAAUACGUGUUUCAUCUUGGUCCAGACUUCCACAUGGGUUAAAAACACACCUCUCGUCCUAAAAUUUCAUAUAUACCUUUCAAGUCUGCCCACUGUUUGCCAUUCGCAGUCAUUUUCUUCAGCCUCCACCUGUAAUCCAUUGUUUUGAUGUUGUGUUUCAUACAUCUUUUCCACUUGAAUUGCAUGCCUUUGAAGUGCCAUCUAUGUCAUGUGCCAAGCCACGCAUGUGCUAUGUAGCUGGCGUGCACUUUAACGUGCACUCCAUGCGUUCCACUACCUGUACACUCCGUAUCAAUGUUCCUAAAGUCCCAGUGAUAUAAUUCCUCCCCUAGAAGUAAAGGCCUCCUACAUAGAUAAAACAUGGACAAAGGGAUGAGGUUCAAAUUAACAAAUACAUUUUCAUAGUUGAUCAUAGAUAAUAAUAAUGUUAGGUAUCUGGAUACCAAACUCAACCAAAAUAUAUUAGGUCUGGUCUAAAAAAAAUAAUUAACUGAAUAAACAAAAGAAAUACACAUUUUUAUAUAUAUAUAAAUAUGAAAAAAGGAUCAAUGUGAAAAAAUAUAAUGAAAAAACAAACUUUAAAAAAAACAUAUUAAAGUCUUUAGAGACGAUUGAUUUCUAUUUACAGAAGUAUGCCCAAAUGGCAAAAUCAUAACUAAAAAACAAUAAACUUCUUAUUCAAGAAUUUGAUUCCAUUGAAUAAAAGUUUAAUUAUUUAUGGGCCUUAUUUGAUGUUACAUCUCUCUAUAUGGUAAUCAGUGGGACAUCCAUGGGCACCAAGUAUGUGCCAACUUAUGCCAACAUCUUAAUGGAUUACUAGGGGAGAUUUAAGAUUAUAACCCUUUUAGUGCAGACUUGGGGAUAUGGCUUUGAUGAUAUUCUAAUAAUUUGGAGUGAAUCUGAGGAAACUUUGGAAGAUUUUGUUAAGUUUAUCAAUGAUAAUUCACUAUUUUUGUAUUUAAAAUUCUUUAUUAUUGCAGUGCGGGUAGUUACAACCAAGUUUCCGAUACACAACAGCAUCAGCAGACAAUCAUUAUCAUAUAUAAUGGUACAUAGGCAUGGUAUGGAAAUAUGUUGCACUAUUUUUUAGGAAAAUAAAGUAAAGUAAAACAAGAUAGUUACAUAGUUACAUAGCUGAAAAGAGACUUGCGUCCAUCAAGUUCAGCCUUCCUCACAUUUGUUUUUUGCUGUUGAUCCAAAAGAAGGCAAAAAAACCCAGUUUGAAGCACAAUUUUGCAACAAGCUAGGAAAAAAAUUCCUUCUUGACCCCAGAAUGGCAGUCAGAUUUAUCCUUGGAUCAAGCAGUUAUUACCCUACAUUGAAAGAUUAUAUCCUUGAAUAUUCUGUUUUUGCAAGUAUGCAUCUAGUAGCUGUUUGAACAUCUGUAUGGACUCUGAUAAAACCACUUCUUCAGGCAGAGAAUUCCACAUCCUGAUUGUUCUUACAGUAAAAAAACUUUCCUUUGCCUUAGACGAAAUCUUCUUUCUUCCAGUCUAAACGCAUGGCCUCGUGUCCUAUGUAAAGUCCGGUUUGUGAAUAGAUUUCCACACAAUGGUUUGUAUUGGCCCCGAAUAUAUUUGUAUAAUGUUAUCAUAUCCCCUCUCAGGCGACGUUUUUCUAAACUAAAUAGGUUUAAAUUUGUUAACCUUUCUUCAUAGCCGAUAUGUUCCAUUCCUUUUAUUAAUUUUGUAGCCCGCCUCUGCACUUUUUCUAGUGCCAUAAUAUCCUUCUUUAGAACAGGUGCCCAAAAUUGCACAGCAUAUUCAAUAUGGGUCUUACCAGUGAUUUAUAAAGAGGCAAAAUUAUAUUCUUGUCCCGAGAAUGAAUGCCCUUUUUCAUGCAUGACAAUACCUUACUGGCCUUGGCCACUGCUGAUUGACAUUGCACAUUGUUGCAUAGUUUGUUGUCUAUAACAAUUCCCAAGUCCUUUUCAUGUGUUGUUAUCCCUAAUUCGCUUCCAUUAAGGGUAUACGUUGCUUGUGUAUUCUUUACGCCGAAGUGCAUAACUUUGCAUUUUUCAACAUUAAAUUUCAUCUGCCAUUUGAGUGCCCAGUCUCCCAGUCUAUCUAAAUCCCUCUGCAGCAAAGUAAUAUCUUGCUCACAUUGUAUUGUUUUACAAAGUUUUGUGUCAUCUGCAAACACUGAAACAUGACUUUCAAUGCGGUCUUCAAGAUCAUUUAUAAACAUGUUAAAUAGAAGGGGUCCCAGAACAGACCCCUGAGGGACACCACUUGCCACCUCUGUCCAGCUUGAAAAUUUACCAUUAAUGACAACUCUUUGUACUCUGUUUUUAAGCCAAUGUUCUACCCAAGAACAAGCAUUUUCAUCUAGACCGAUUUCCUUGAGUUUGAACACUAAUCUAUUGUGUGGAACUGUAUCAAAUGCCUUGGCAAAAUCCAAAAAGAUCACAUCCACGGCAACACCCUGAUCUAUACUUCUACUUACAAGAUAAAGUAAAUUAGGCAUAAGCUUUCACCGAGUGAUUUAAACUGUUUGAUUAUUCAGGUAGUUAUGUCAAUAAGAAGAUUUACUGAGUAGACAUGCGUCACUGGACGAAUUCUGUCUUGCAUAUAAAUCACUAUGGUGGACUACACUUGAACUGAAAACAAUCUAAGAUUUAGACUAUUCACGCUCUUUUGUUUCAGGUAAUAAAACGUUAUGCUAGGCGUUGUGGAUCAGAGGGUUGUUUCAUUGCCGCAUCAUUGGGAGUUAAUUGCUAUCCAUGUGUAGAGGUCAAAAGAAUAAAGCUGUAGGAAUCAAACUGAGCUCGUUUUUUCCCGUGCAGAUUUAAGCUUAAAUCAGAGAAAGCCCUCUAAUCAUGAGAGUAAGGAGAUUUAUACAAUUGAAGAAGGCAUAUUAUUAUUAUUAUUGUAUUUAUAUAGCGCCAUCAAAUUCCGCAGCGCUUUACAAUGGGAAUUCCGCAGCGCUUUACAAUGGGCAUAUCAUAGGCAUGAGUAACAAGAAGAAUAAAAUUACCAAAAAGAUUGAGGGCAUUAUGCCCUUGAGUUGUAGCAUGCAAUUCCAACUAUAGAGUAGGAGACAAAAAUGCAAAUAGCAAGAAUAUUAUACAACAGAAUAUGAAAUCAUAAAAGGAACGCAAGUACAGUUCUGUGGUAGAUUUGAGAAAACCUCCGCCUGAUUUCUUCACCCUAUGCUGCGUAUGGGUCUCUGCAAAGCGACCAUGGCAGUGGAGAUUUCUCAGGCAUAGGUAUCUUAAUUAGCCGAUGGCUGCCAGGGCAACCCCGAAUUCCUGCGAUGCAGCAAGGUAGCGUUCAAAACUUCCAUGUGGGUACAGUUCAUGAGGGUGGGUCAGUGCAGGGUCAGUGUGAGGCGGCGCUCCUGCCCCCGGCCUGCGAUGGGACCAGUACCUCGCUGCCAUGAACUCGGUGGCCGCUGGAGGCCAAAUUCUUUCCAAGUGGGUGUCUCUCAUUGGGGUUCUGUCUCAUUGGGCAUCGUUGAGGUGAGGUUUCCCUUCUACCCCGGUGCUGUGUGAGAGCUGGUGCCCUCUUGACACGAGCCUGGGAUCUGCCGUGGUCCAGGGUCGUCACUUUUGGGAUGGUGCGGGGGGGGGGUCUUGUUGUCCUACUCAGGUCAUCAUCGCUUGCAUCUUGCUGCCCUCCGCUGGUGUGGCCGGCACCUAUGGGAUGCGCCCCUGCUGCUCUCAGCCCGGGAGGGCCCUUAGUGUGGGAGUCUGUAGCGUGGGACUUUGUUGUGCCCUGAAGAUGGUAUGGAAAUAUGUUGCACUAUUUUUUAGGAAAAUAAAGUAAAGUUUGUGCUCGCAUGAGGCGUUUGGCAUCAGGCGGGAAGGCGGCCGUCCUUCCCCCUCGUCUCCUCUAGUAGGCCCCAACUUGCUGCUGCGGUUCCCGGUCAUGCCGGGUGUCGAGAGAAGUGUCGCAGGGUUCGCACAUGCUUCCCCAUUCCAGUAAACUUUGUUGUGGGAGAAUCGCAGCACUGUAGCCCAAGAUAGCAGCAUAGUUUGAGCCCGUACAGCAGGAGCUCAUGCGGAGUACAUCCUGUCAGCUUGCUAGUCAGGCUCCGGCCCCGAUAGUUCACUAUUUUUAAGAUUUCCUUCGAAAUUAGUAAAGAGUCUAUCAAUUUUUUUUUUUAUUUAAUUUUUUUUUUUAGAUCUUGUGAUUUUUUUUUUAAUUUUUUUAUUAGAUGAAUAGAUGCUAAAAGCUUUAUAGAGAUGAAUCGUAGAACCAUCCUCAAUGAUUAGAGUGUACCGAAAGGUUAAUUUGCAAGGAUCUGGAGGAACUGUUCAGAUGAGGACUAAUAUUUUGAACAAGCUCUUUUCCUUUAAAGAGAAGUUUUUGAAAAUGGUUCUAAUGAGUACUUCCUUAAUCAAGAAACUCAUAAAAAUUGUAAACUAAGCAUGGCAAAAUUGGCGGCUUGCUGGGCCACAAGUUUGACAUGCUUGUUGGUAAACCAAGAAAAAGGCAAUAUAUUAUUAUAUGAGAGUAACAUUUUGAAUAAGAAAUUAGUUUUCUUUUAAUACUCCCGUAUAACAUGACAGCUGAUGCUAUUAAGCAAAUUUAAAAUAAGAGAAGAGAAAAUACUGGCCUCUAUUGUUCGAGGACAACAUUUUAAGAUCAAUAUUACUCCGAGUGCCCUCAUUAUUUUUAAAAAUUCAAAGAAUUUGAAAAACACACUAGUACCAAUAGUUUUUCAAAUACCUUGUUUUUUCCCACACGUAGAUGUUGUAAGGGUUGUAAAUACCUUACCCAUUCCACUUCAAUUUAAAAAAAAGUUUCCAAACCAAUGAAAGCUGUACAAUUCAAGAACAAGUUUCCUGUACCUCAGCAUAUAUUGGAUACUUACUCACCUCUGGGCGUGGUUUGCAAUAUGUUGGGAGGACAGGAAGGCAGGUUAAAGUAAGAUUUAUGGAAAACAUGAAUAAAAGAAAAAUAAGGGAUUAUUCCAUACCCAAUCAUUGUAAAAGUUGCCCUAAGGUUAGGUUUGAUCAUUUGUACUAUGUAGCUGUUGAAGAAAAGUUGGGUUAUGGAAUUAGAAGACUCAAAACUUUACAUCCUAAAGGUUUCAAUACAGAUUUGGAUAUGGUUUGUUUUCUUUAAAUUCAAUUUGUUCAGUAUUAUUUUUACAAAUUUAAUCAUUUUUUAGCAUAUGGUUUUUAUUUCAUUCAGGUCUUCUCUUUUUUUUAAAAUUUAUAUAUAUAUAUAAAUGUCUUAAUUUUCUGUUUAUUCGGUUAGAUUUAUUGAGACCAAACCUAAUAUAGUUUUGGUUGAGUUUUGUAUCUGUGACGUUAUGACGCUGGCGUCUCUGGCAUUGAAGGUGUACCAGUUCAGGCAUGCUAUCGUCCAUGGAUGGUUUCUUUUACCUAACCUGCACCACUAACUGUUACACCAAAUCAGGCUUCCCCAAACUCCAGCCCUCCAGAUGUUGCUGAACUACAACUCCCAUGAUUCUAUGAAUGAAAUAGAUAGGCUGAGAAUCAUGGGAGUUGUAGUUCAGCAAUAACUGAAAGGCCGUGUGUUUUGGGAAACCUGCACUAAAUGCUAGGACACCGCUUUGGUAGUCUAACAACUGGCAAUGCAGGAUAUACUGCACUGGAUUUGGUUACUAUAGGAUAUUCUAUCUAGUCAUCUGGCAAUGCUCUUAUCAGUAACUACUCUAUAGAGGAAAAUGAAACGAUAGAACUGGGACUUUGUGAACAUGGCUCCAGAGUGCACAGGUAGUGGAACGCACACAUGGCUUAGCAUGUAGCGUAAGUGACACUUCGCUGUUAUGGAAAACAAUCUCAAAACAAUGGAGGUUAAAGAAAAUGUAUGGUUUAUAGGGGGCGGACUUCAAGGGUAUAUCUGAACAUUUAGGAUGGGAGGUGUAUAGUACCACUUAAUCUCCGAGGAAGUCUGGACGCACCAGAUGAAAUGCACAGGGUUGUUUAUCUUCAUUUUAAAACUUGUUGAAAAUAUCCCACUUAGAGGAAUUCUAUUGGCUGGCAACUCCUUCUACUUGUCAUCUGGAGCCUGGAUUAUGAUAUUCCACUCACACAGUGGAGAUAUGCACUAUUCGGAUAUUGCUCUUCUUUAUUAAAUAUUGGUAUUUUAAAAUAUCUGCAAAAUGUGGUUUUAUUUUACAUGAAUUGGAGAAAAUCAGAAGAUUGGUGAUAUGCCUACUAUUCAUUAAUCAAAUGUAUUUGGUGUGGUGCAAGCAAUACUGCUCCAUGCAUGUUUUGUGGGUUUUUUCUGUAGAUUUUGUAUUCGGUUUUUAUGUUUGAAGAUUUGAGGAGUCUUAACUACAGAAAUACAUUGUGGAGGGAAAUUUAAAUUUUUCUGUCAUCUGCACUUGUUUCCACUGGCACAUCAGGGCUAGAAUUUGUUUUAAAUGCAUAAUUGAUUAAUCUUAUUCCAUGCAAGCGAAUGACACCAAAUGACAUUGCCUAAGGUAGAGUUACAAGGGGUUGAAAUCAGUAUGUGCAGCAUUUUAUAGCAAAAUAUACAUACAAAUUACAGGUACCAUGACCACAUCAAAUCUUUGACAUUGAGUGUUUAAUGUCAUGAAUAAUACAAAAGACCUUUCCUAUAGUACAACUACAUAUUGUAUAAAUAUGGAUUAUUAGGAUACUUAAUCACUAAAGUGUGAAUUCCAAGUGCAUUUGAAAUGUUAGCCCAAAAUACGUGAACUACAGACAUAGCAGAUUUGGAGGUUUUGUUUUCUAAUUUGGUUACUCUGGCCUGACAACAUGAGAUUUUUGAUAAUUCACAACUCCAAAUUGUGAUAAAUUAGAACUCAACUAGUCUGUUUUUACAGAUAGGCUAUUUUGAAUUCAAUACAAUUUGGGGUUUAAUCAAUAGCAGUAUUAGUUUAGAUCAGUACUGCAGCCUGUUCUGAUGUCCAGACAUUUUGCCCAAGUUGACCUUUUGAUUCUGUUUCUCAGUGCCCUGA